CGGAAACCCCUUUUGGGGAGGGAAAACAAGGCACCAAGCCUUUGUUCUUCCAGGUUCCAUAAAUAUCGAUGGGGCAAAAACAGAUUGUAAACAGUGUGUGUAUAUAUAAUCAUAGGAAACCACUGAGAAAAAUAAAUAUUCAAUAGCACCAAGUGAUUAUGGUGCAUUCUAUGUUGAACCCAUCCUGUUCUCUUAGAGACGAAAGCAUUUUUUUAAUGUUGCUGUGACAAAUCAAACAAAUAUACACAAUUUUAUCCAAGUUAUCUUUCACCUGCCCUGGGGUUCUUUAUACUCAUAUUUAAAGAACUGUCUCCCAAAUAUUGAUUGGUCCCUUUGAACCCAAAAUAAUAGUGAAACCCUAAUUCCUUUAAAAGGGGGUUUCAAAUUCUUCAAGUACACAGAACAGUUUUUAACACGUUUAAUUUCGAACACAUACAGCACAUCAUACUGUCUAACCCAUUCCCUCUGUAGUUUGGAUAAAUUAGGGGUUUGUGGGAGAUUGAGGAUAUUGCCAGUUACUGACUGGUUAAUUUGAUAUAGCAAAAGAGAUUUGGCCCCCAUUUAUGAUUAGAUAUUGCAUAUGAAACUGGUCUGUGGGUUCAAAAAUGUCACAAAUGGAAGGAAAAAGUAGUAACAGGAAAAAUACCUUUUUAAAUGGCUACUCUUGAUUUAAAAUCUAAUCUCAUAUAGUACCAUUAGGAAUCACUUGUAACAACACAAGGCAGAACCGUGUGAUUUAUUAAAGGGAUGUGUCCUUACCUAUUAUGGAAGAGCUCUGCAUUUGAUUUAAUAAUAUAAGGGAAUGUUUUCUUCUAUUUCUUCACUGUGUGUGUUAACGUUAUUGUAUAAUUUUGUUGUGAAAGUUUGCAUCAAGCCUUUCUAUCUUGUAAGAGAGAUGUGUGAUUGUUAUUUCUAUUUUAAAUUGUUCCUUAUUAACAUAAAUCCAUCACUAAUUGAACAAUAAUGUGUAAUAUGCAAUGUUCUAGUCCUAAAGCAAAGAUACAUGUCAGUGGCAAUUUGCUGAAGUUUGUAAUGCACAAGAAUGAAAAGACCUUAGCAAUAGCCAUGCCCUUUAGACAAUGGAUCAGGAUUUCAAAAGUUGAUUACUGGAUCAAUUCAGAAUGCAGUGUUGCGUUAAUGAAUGUUAAUAUUUUCUUCAUAGUCUAAGAAAACCUCGCCAAUAAUUCUUCCACCUGAAGUUACUAUGACCUUGUCUAUUAGGAUAAUGAAUGUUCCUGUUAACACAGGACUAAGAUAUAGCUAGCAGCUCUGUAUUGUACACAGAGCAGCACCCUAUGAACCACUCUGCUUUAACAAGUCAUCCACUUUUGGGGCACAAACAGUCCCUCACGGGACUUCAAUCUGCUUCUCGCAUUGUUCCAUGGUGUGCUAAUUUAACAUUUCAUGUUUUAAGGAGGGUAAAAGAUUUUGGUCAAAGAAGCUAAUUUCUAAUCCAUAUUCAACGCUCAUGGACGAGUUUGUGUUACUUCCUUCUCUUUGAAAUCAAUUUACUAUGAAAACAUUGAUUCAAAUGUCUGGCUUUGAGCCUGGAGUGGGAGAAGACCCUUUAAAGAAUAACGUUUCAUUACUUUGGAAAUUUCAUUGAGCACGGUGCAGUUUUUAUUUAGAAGGAAAAACAAAAGUUUCUGUCUCCCGAGGUCUCUCCAGGUCCAGGACUCACGGUUUAUUGACUCUUUUAAAACUCAUCUUUUGUUUCUCCAACGGGAAACUCUACUGAAUGAAAAUACCCUCUUUCCCCUUCAGCACGCUAUAAAGUGGGGGUGAUUCGGUGGCGGAUAUACUGCAAAAAACACACUUUUUUGACUUCCAAGAAACACAAACUGAACGGGAAGAAGAGUACUUUCUGGCUUGCAGCUGGGCGGGCUCUUUAGUGCACCAAUCACAGAGUAGCUCUUCUCUAUAAAUACCAGGCAUCUGACUUACUCUAGCCCAAUUGUUUUCUUCUGAUUCGUGGAAAACGUCUGCUAGAAUGUCGGAAACUGCGCCUGUUGCCACUCCUGCUGUGUCCGCUCCUGGGGCUAAAACCUCUGCUAAAAAGCCGAAGAAGGCGGCAGGAGGUUCAAAAGCCCGUAAAGCCUCGGGUCCCAGCGUGACCGAGCUGAUCACCAAGGCGGUGUCCGCUUCCAAGGAGCGCAAAGGGCUCUCUUUGGCCGCUCUUAAGAAGGUUUUGGCUGCCGGAGGAUACGAUGUGGAGAAGAACAACAGCCGUAUCAAGUUAGGACUUAAGAGUCUGGUGAGCAAAACGAUUUUGGUGCAGACAAAAGGUACCGGUGCCUCUGGUUCCUUCAAACUCAACAGGAAGCCGGGUGAGACCAAGGAGAAGGCGCCGAAGAAGAAGCCAGCGGCAAAGCCUAAGAAACCAGUUGCCAAGAAACCCGCCAGCGCCACCAAGAAACCUAAAAAGGCUGCGGCUGUGAAAAAGAGCCCGAAAAAAGCCAAGAAACCAGCUGCUUCCGCAGCCAAGAAAGCGGCCAAGAGCCCCAAAAAGGCCAAACCUGCCAAGCCCAAAAAGGCAGCUAAGAGCCCGGCUAAGGCCAAGGCGGUGAAGCCCAAGGCUGCCAAGCCCAAGCCCACCAAACCUAAAGCAGGAAAGGGUAAGAAGGCAGCGCCCAAGAAGAAGUAAAGGGAUUUGAAAAAGAAAAUAGAGUCUAACUCGUGCAAACAAACCCAACGGCUCUUUUAAGAGCCACCCACCUUUUCUAAAAGGAGCUGAAACAUUCGUGCAGUCACCGUCACAGCAGUAAUAAAUUUCCCCCCCUUUGUGACUAAAUGUUGGAAAUAAUACAAAGUAACUUAAAAAGUUACUUUUGUCGUUCUGAGGGAAGCUAAGAGGAAAUAUUUAUGGAUACUGUUUCUAAGCGCUUACUCCUCUUUGGAAUACUCCCCCCUACAUUUCUAAGUGGUGCUCAGGUCAUUCUUUGUUCUGCCUACAGGGGGGGAGGGUAGGAGAUCUAGUGAGGGGACAAAGAGUAAAUGUUUGACUUAGAAAAUCACCUGACUGGCUGCGGGAAGCAGGACUAAAUUGGUGGAGAGUUUGAAAAGCCCGCGCUGUGCAAUGAUUGGUCCGUUUCCCGCCCUGGGUUUAAAGCAGGGCACCGAGAGCUGACAUACAAGUUUAAAAGCUGAACACGUAUAUCUUGAUGGGGAGGGUGCACGUGAGUCUUUCGUAGUUUUGUUUUCACUGUUUAAUACACAGCGCGUUUAGCCAUUAUUUUAUGUUUUGUCUCCCUCCCCCCCCCCGUGUUAGAUAUGCCUUCUCCCGCUCCAUGCCUAUGGCGGCCUAGUUAAUAUUAGAAGAUCAAAACCUUUUUUCGGUUCGCUAACCGAUAGUGACGUAGUGAACCAUGCUGCCAUUUACUAAUUUAAAGCAUUUAUAAAGAGGACAUGUAGGGUGAAGAACCUUAGAGUGCCAAGGUUUUAAAAGCCCACAAAUUAGGAAUCACUGCACAACUGACUCAUUUGAAGGUCACAUCUACCACACAGAGGAUGAAAUCCCUAUAUACAUAUGUGCAAUGCAGGCGUCGUUUCAGGAACGCUUCAGGAUCACUACACAUUUACUGCACAGCUGUGCUCUUCACCAACCAGUUUUCACUGUGAUACUCUAGACACAUCUCCUCAGUCGGGUUUUACAACUGUUCAGCGUACCUUGCAAGGAUAUGCUUUUCAGUAGUCGUGAGAACAGCCUCCCCGCCAAUUUCCCUAAUGCUCAAAGAUGCCGAAAGCAGUCUGUGUAUUAGCUAUAACUUUCAGAAAGUUAUGAAGUUGAGAACAAUAGAAAAUCUUUUGUUGGGUAUACACAGUAAGUCUAUACUAGAAGCUCUAAGCAAAGUUAUAUGGAUUAAACUCUCCUGAACUGUUUUUAAAAACCUGCUCAUUUCCCACUCUAAAUAUUCAGUAAAAGGCUCUGGAGAAUUCCUCAAAUCAGGAACUGGAGGAAAAUGAAGGAAUAAAUUAAGUCAGUUUAGACUUCAAAGACCUUAUUCUUAUCCGCACUUGCCUGCUCUACAGUAUUUCCACUACGAUAUACCCUGGAGAUUAAGAUCAAACACAAACCUGUAGUGCUAGAAGGUUGCCUUCGUGCUCCUUGGUGAGGGGUGGGGUAGCUUUUGGAAGGGAAGUUUUAGUGUUCUUUAAAGCAGUACACACAUUUAACCAUCCUAUUUAACCACCAGGAAAAUUAGUAACUGAAAUAGAGCAAAUAAAGCUUUAGAUUGUAGUAAAAGGUCUAGUUAGUGUUUGUCUGAAAAUGAAAGCCUACUUUUUCUAUACACUAGUUCUACGUAGGAGAUAAAUAAAAUAGUAAUACAGCUCCUCCGUGGAGAG